AUGAAUACAACCAGGCUACGGAAAGCGUUCAAAUACCCAUCCGACGAUGAAGGGACUGAUGCGUCGCACGACGAAAUGGAUGAACAAGAACAAGAAUCCCUCCUCAAGCGCCUACGGGCCUCCGAAUCCUCGACGAACGCCCAGUACACGCUCAUCUUCACGGCGCUGCCACUCAUCGUCACGCUCCCGUUCGCGUGGUACCUCUUCAUCGCCACGUCACGGAUAAUGGCGUUGUUGUGUCUCCUCAGCAUCACCUCCCUCGGCUCAAGCGCGUACAUCAUGUCAUGUAUGCCUGUCUCGUCUUCUUCGGCAAACACGUCAUCCUCGGGUCUGGGUGGCUCGGGACAACGACGGCGACUACGACCGCCUCCGCCGCCACCGAGUGUGGUGUUUGGCACGGGCACCGCGCGAGGCUCGCAGAAUGAAGCGGCCUUUUCUCCUUUUUCUUCGUUCUCGUCGUUUUUCGCGACGAGCCCCGACGACGGCCCCGUGAAGCAAUACCUUCCUUACCUCAACGCCGCGACCGGUGUCAUCCUCCUCGUCGCCGCGAUGGGGUACAGGGCCCGAACGGACGUUCCAGAGGGCCUGUGGCUGUUUCUGGUCUUGCCGGCCGUGGUGUUCGGCAUGGUCGUCAUGGCGAGACGGAACAUUGGGGACAUCCAGGUGGGCUUGUCGGAGUUGCAAGGGAUGAGGUACGAGUACAAGGGCGCGUAG